CCCCCUGGGUCACAAACAGUGUUCAUAAUUUAUGCUGUGUUAUACCCGAUACCAAAUGGCCAACAAGAAAAAGCUAUAGGAAUCCGAUGCUGUGCAUCAACCGCAGUGUAUUCCUCAGGCUACUGAUGAGCUUUGAGCAGCUUUAGGAUUAAGAGUGUAUUAUGAGAAGGGAGGGAUGGAGCAGCAAGAAUACUGCCAGAGAGCCGGGGCGGGGAGAAUUGCAUCGGCGCAGAAAUAAUAGUGCAUGAGAAUUAGCCAAAGUGGAUGCGGCGGCGUCACUGACAGGCACAGAGUGAAAGUGAGAGAGUGAAUGACAGAGAGAGACCGGAGCAACACGCAUGUGUGAGGAGCGGAGGAGAGGCACGGUUGCUGUAUUGACUUCAGGCAUUUUCAUGCCGUACAUUCUGCUUCUCUAACCGUACACACACGGGCACGGAGUCACCGCACGUAUCUGCAGAGACACACGUAGACGCCGAUUUAGUGGACUUGCGGUCAUGGCAGAGAUAGAGGCUCUCAGUGAAGCCCUGAAGGGAAUCAGUGUCAGCACAGAGCUGGUGGAGGAGGAGCUCAAGCCUCAUCUGGACGUUCUGCUGAACCUCCUGUUGGAAAAGAAGAAAGGAAUGGCAGAGAAAAUCGUUUCUAGUGGUGUUCUGCCCGUACUGGCUCAAGUCCUGAGGAAGAAGAGUCCUCUCACCUCUCAGAUUACCCUGUUGGUAGCAGAGAUGGCCAGGGAAGCUGGUGUGAGGGACCGUUGUAUUCAAGCAGGACUGGUGACAGCAUUAGUGCCUUUACUGAACAGUUUGGACCAGGAGCAGCUGCUGCACACGGGCCGAGCGAUCGGACGCAUCUGCUUUGAAAACUCCGUUCAGCAAACGCAGCUGGUAGAGAAUGGAGUCAUCCCCAGGCUGGUGACCAUAAUGCAGCAGUAUCCUGAGAAUGACCCACUGGUAAACGUCAGCCUGCUGGCCCUCUGCAACCUUGCUGAUGUGGAUGCUGCACGAGAAGCUCUGGCAGAUGUGGGUGUAGCAAAGGUUUUGACUUAUCAGCUGAAACGGGCACCAGAUGCAGAACGUCGACAUCUCAUACUGGAGGUUCUUGGAUCACUAGGAGAAAGUGAUGCUCUGAAACUGCAGUUUGUGGAGUCAGGCGUGCCCGAGGCUCUCUCUGAAAUGAUUCGAACCCUUCAGGGUGGCUCUGACACACACGACCUCUGCAGCAUCAAAGUGGCUUCAAACCUCAUAGUGACCCUCCUACUGGGAGAUGAGUCAAUGCAAAGGUGUUUUGGGGAAGGGACAGGGAGAGUCUACCAAGAUGUUCUCUUCUGGCUGCAGUCCACAAACACCGAGCUGCAGUUGUCAGGAGCUCUGGCCAUUGCUAAUUUUGCCAGAAAUGACAGCAACUGUGUGAAGAUGUUGGAACUGGGGGUUGUUCCUUAUAUUCUGGACCUGUUGGAGCAGCAUGUAACAGAGGGAGAUGUUUCUGUACAGCAUGCAGGCCUUAGUGCACUUAGAAACCUUGCCAUUCCAGCCUCUAAUAAGGUGCGUAUGUUGGAGGAUGGGGUCACGGAGAGGAUCAGGACACUUUUGCGCUCUGACAUGCCUCCUGUCCAGUUUAAACUGCUGGGCACUUUGCGCAUGAUGGUGGAUGGCCAAGAGGAAGCAGCUUCAGUGUUAGGGAAGGACGAGAUUCUGUUAGCACGGGUCAUGGAGUGGUGUGAUGCUAAAGAUCACGCUGGUGUCAGGGGUGAGGCCAACCGUCUUUUAGCAGCUCUCAUACGACACAGCCGAAACCCGGAAGUCAUCCAGACUGUUAUUAAAGUAGAUGGAGUUCAACAUCUCAUCUCAAUGGCAAUCAGUGAGCAUGUCAUCAUGCAGAAUGAAGCUUUAGUGGCUUUAGCCAUUGCCUCUGCUAUAGACAUUGAGGCUGUUCAGGAACCGUUUCGGGAUGCUGAUCUCCUGCCCACCUUGCAAAAGAUGCUAGAUGAUCCUGUUGUGGCCGUGGAGGUCAAAUUUAGUGCUUUAGGCCUCAUCUGCAGCCUUGCCAACUCGGGCAUGUUACGGGAGCAGAUAACCUCUCUAAACCUGAGGGACACUCUGUUCAAACUGUCUGCUCACACCAGCACAAAGCUUGCAAAGCAGGCCGACACAGUGAUGGCUGUUCUUUCAGAGACUGGCUAGACUUUACAAACGAUUACACAUCAUAGCAUUACAGACUUCUUCCACACUCAUCAUUUGUGACAUUUAUGAUCACCGCAAAGAGUGCUAAACACACAUACACACAGCUCGACCUGAUUUUGCCAAGUGGUUGAUGUCCUAAGGACAACAUUUUUAUAAAUAAAACCUAAACCCACACCAAACCCCAACCCUAACCAUAACUUACCCCUAAAAUCAGAGGGAAAUGAUAAGUGAAAAACAAUGGUCUAGAAGCACCUAAUCCUGGUUGGAAGAUUAAACUUAAAAUAAACUGUAAACUUAUUUCUGAAAUCUGAUUGGUUGAUUUAAAUGUUGUCCCAGGGUCAACAUGAUGUUGUCCUAAGGAUAUCAACCACUUGGCAAAAACAGGAGAGCCAUACACAUACAUGGCUACUUCAUCUAGCAAUGCAUGUAGUCAAACCAAAGCUAUACAUAUUUACCAGCCCACUUUAGAAAGAGAUGAUGUGAUUUCAUCAUCCAAAGUAAGAGGUCCACGAUAGAAUAUCUCAUUUGUUGUCAGCUGUCACCUGUAUCAUUCAUCAAACUGCAGUAAUGAACCUGUGGCUCUCUAAAACAAGUUUAAAAUCUGCUAAAGCAGAAGCAACUCUGUAAAUACAAUGGGGUUUUCAUCUAUUUUGCAAUAUCCAGUGGCAAAUUGACAAACAUGCAGUUAAUAAUGAUAAUGUCCAUGGACUUCCAUUAACGCUAGCUCUAGCGAAGCUGCUGUAUGUAUCUAUGUGCUUACUGUCUAAACCUCAAUAUUAAUUCAACAAACAUUUAACUAUAUCAUUUGGAUUAAUGUACCACACUACUUUUAAUGCGAGUCGUGUUAAUAUUUGUCUUGUAAUUUCUUUUGUCAUUACCAUGGCUGAAUCAAUAUGUCAAGUUAUGUCAAAUGUAAAAGAUAACGGUUAGAAAAGAGGAAAUAUGUCUUGGGUUGUAGUGUCUAUUUUCAUAUAAUAGCCAGCCUUACUUUCGUUUUUUUUGGGCAGGGCUUUUUGAUGCAGAUUCUUUGAUCAUGUUGAUCAUUUACUACGAGUUGGCACAAAAUACUUCAUAAUCUACGUAUCGUGAAAGCAAUAGAUUUCAAGAAGAGUUCUUGAGCUUCCCAAGUCUAAAUUUAAAAAAAGCAAUCUAACAAGUGUUGUGUAAAUGCUGUUGUUGUGUUUGGAUCAACGUACAGGUACAUAUGACCUAAAAAUCUAACUCAAUUACUUUCAAGGCCAGACCUCAGAAAAUGGACAACACAAUUUAGUGACUAUUGUGUCAGGGAAAGUAAUGCUUUGCUUAAAUAAAGUGUGAAUUCUAUAUAUUUAUACACAGUGUUUCUCAGAGAGUCAGAAUGACUGACUUUUCUGACAUGAGCUGAAUGUUGCUCCUGCUCUGAUGGUGUUCAGUCGUGGCCGAUAGAACGCAGCUUAACGUAGAAACAAAGAUAACCUUCAUGAUUUAAAAAGGCACUUCAGAGUUUGAAAAAUAGCACAAUCUCCUUGGUAGCUGCUAUGCUUGUGGAUGUUAAAUAACAUUUUUAUAUAUAAAUAGACUAUUUUUGUGUGUAAAUUGUAUGGUUUACCAGAAAAGCUUGUUUCUGGCAAUAAAGUAAAAGUAUGGCAGACAAUGUCUGUUUCACCUAUAUUCCAGAAAGUCAGCAAGCUGACUAGUAAUACUAUACAGUAUGUACGGUUGAAAACUAUUAGACAAUGAUGUUCAUGCUCUCUGUGUGGGCUGGUUGCUGAUAUUCUUUAAUAUAUAUUUGAAGUCUCCCCACACUUUAGAUUAAGAAAAUAUUUUCCUGCCAUUAUAAAAUAUAAAUAUUAUUGCAUAACAUUUACUGAAGCCUUAAACCAUUUUCAGAAUCCAUGAAAUUUAUGCCAUGAUUCUAGAAAAAACAUAUUUGUUAUUAUUUCCUGUUAGUGAACCACUAAUAAAAUAGAUUAUUAUUUAUAUGUAUCAUAGGUCACAAAACCUGAAAAAUAUCUGUCUUAGAAAUGACCACUAGAUGGAGACAAUAGAAACACUACUGAAGCCAAAAGAGUGGCUCUGAUAUCCACAUGCAAGAUAUCAUUGACCAGUGUUUAUUCAUAUACUAAUGAUUGUUCGCAAAAGACAUACAAUGGCCUUAGGGAGCUAAAUUUUCAUUAUAUUACAGGCUGGAAAAUUUGUCCAACAAUCAUUGUAAUUAUUGCUUUCCUCUGCAAUUUGAUUUCAUGCCAGUUUAUGUCUACAAUGCAAUUAUUUGUUAUUCAUGGUAACCAGAUAUUUGAAUAAAGUCAUGU